AUGAACGAAAAUCGUAACAAUAGUACAAAUAGUAAGAAUGAAAUUGAUAGAUUAGUAAAUAAGAUAUUUAAGAAUCAGAAUAGCACAAAAUCAAAUGAGAUUCUUAAAGAAAUCUAUUCUAAUAAUGAAUAUAUCAGGAAUAUUCAACUAAGCAAAUUAAUUAAAUUAAACGAUAUUAAAUUUCAACGGAAAACUGUGCUGCCGAUGAAUGAUUUGUAUAUAAAAUAUUAUAAUGCAAGUGAUUAUGAAAAUAAUAAUUUACAAAGAGAAGCAGAAAUCAUUGAUCGUGACUUACGAAUAAUAGAACUGACUAUCCAAUCAAUAAAGGAAAAUAACAAUAUUAACGAAAAUAAUAGAAAUGAUAUUACUAAUGCAAAUAUAACUAAAUAA